ACUUGUUCACAGUGCAUCAUGUUUGUCGUGUUGCUUAUAUUUGUUGUAACUCUUCUGUACGUUUUGUAUCGACGUACCUUCGAGUAUUGGAAGAGAAAAAAUGUACCUGGGCCCAAACCCACAUUUUUGGUGGGGCAUAUUGGAGAGAGCUUUUUGGGAAAGAAACCCCUAGGGGAUUGCUUUUUUGAUAUAUACAAAGAAUAUGAGGAUUACCCAUUUGUGGGAGUAUACAAAGCGGUAACCCCAUGUUUGCUGGUAAGGGACCCAGAAUUCCUUAAAUGCAUUUACGUGAAAAAUUUCAAAAGUUUUAUGGACAAUGAAAUGUUUGUUGAUAAAAACGUGGACCCAGUUAUGGGUAGAAACCCAUUCUUUACAAAGGACCAUGUCUGGAAAAAGACUAGAGCUCUACUUACACCAAACUUUACGAGUGGAAAGAUGAAAAGUAUGUUUACCCUCUUGGACAAUGUUAGUGAAAAAGCUGUAAUCUACGUAAACAAUCAAAUUGAUGCUGGAGAAAAUUGCCUGGAGGCCAAAACUCUUUGUAUGAAAAUAACUCUGGAAAAUUUGGCGAGUUGUGCUUUUGGCCUGGACGCAAAUUGUUUUAAUGACCCCAACAGCGACUUUCAAGAUAUAGCAAACAAAUUUUUUCGCGAAAAAACGCAUUUCCUUAAAAUAUUUUUAACUAUGGUUAUACCCUCUCUUAUGAAGGUUUUACCCAUAAGAAUUAUUUCCGAAGAGGUGGCUGAAAGGCUGAGAAAAAUUGUAUUUGAGACUGUCGACUACAGGGAAAAAAAUAACGUACAGAGACCAGAUUUUUUGCAAUCCAUGAUGCAAGUAAGAGACUCGACGAAGGAUUUUGAUUCUGAGGACAUGAUGGCCCAUGUAGCCGCAUUUUUCGGGGUUUUUGGGUACGAAACCAGUUCUAUUGUGAUGAGUUUUCUCCUUUACGAAAUUGCUAAACAUCCAGAAGUACAGGAUAAAUUGCGACAAGAAAUCAACGACGCCAUGGAUAAAAAUGGUGGAAACUUGACGUAUGAUAAUAUAAUGGAAAUGGAAUAUCUAGAUGCCUGUCUUAAUGAAUCUCAAAGAAAAAACCCUUUCAUAGGAGCCCUCUUCAAACUAUGUACAGAAAAAUUCUCUUAUAAACCAACCAAAACAUCUGAAUUUAAAGACAUCGAAGUCACCGUAGAUGUUGGUACUGUCAUGGUUAUCCCAGUUAAAGGUCUAUUUCUCGACCCAAAAUAUUUUGACGAACCCCAUAAAUUUAAUCCUGAGCGUUUUUUGAAGGAAAAUUUGAAGGAUGAUAGAUCGCAAGGUGUUUUUAGACCGUGUGGUGAUGGACCAAGAGUUUGUAUUGGUCAAAAAUUCGGUAUGUUACAAAUUAAAAGUGGAGUGGCGCAUAUUAUUCGUGCAUUCUCCAUAAGUGUCAACCCAAAAACAAAAGAACCUCUACAAUUUGAUCCCUGGCAUGUAACCCUUUCACCGAAAAAAGGAUUGUGGUUGAAUUUUCAAAAAAUCGAAUAAACAAUGAUAAAAAAGUAAAUAAAGAUAGUUUUUUUAUUUUUUUUUUUAUUUUACAUUCAUUUAUUUAAUUUAAUUUUGAG